AAGACCACCAACGUAUAAAAAACCAUUCAAAGCUCGACAUGUUUACUCUACUCAGCUGUGAAUUUCGUUCCGUGUGUCGAGAAGACCCUUAGAACCCAUUUCUAAAACCAUUGUCACGAGGGCCCCUUCGGGAGGCUCCAUGAUGCGAUGAUGACCUGAAACAUGGGACACUCUUUCUUUAUAUAUACAGGCUUUGUUGAGCUGAUGAGCUGCUGAGCUGCUUCAAAGUUGGAGGCAGACAGGACGGAGGCAGCUUGUCUUCUGGGGAUGGAGAGUCCUGGGGAUAGAGUCCCGUUCUUGGUGGGCAAUAGCAUAUACACCACGACAACGUUCUGACGUCCUAUGCACGGAGUAUGCUCCCAUCUCGUUGCUACGGACAUGACCAUGACCCGUUUACGAGGUAACACAACGUGCUUACAACGCGAUCUCUACCUGGACUCGCCAUACAUGCAAGGCUGUCUAGUUGAAAUAGCUCCAACAAGCUCACCGUUCCCAUGACAUGACACCCACAAUUGGGGGUCGGUCAGCUUUGGAGAUAUUCGGGGCUGAGCAUUAAGCCGGUUCCUUGGCCCUCGGCGAAAGGGUUGUCGCGAGCGACUUUUAUCGUUUCUUACUCCCAAUACCAAAGACUGGUGCCAAAUACUGCAAGAUUUCUGAUGCUCUGCCUUGCCUGUGUCUGGUCGUGAACAUAAUCUCCCUGACAAAGAAAUGCCGGGACGGAGAACUUCAUUCCGGUACGCCGACGCGAUAGCCGUGCGCACCUGGCCAAGACCACGUUCGCUUCUAGUGACCAGACAAAGCUCACCCUUGCCAAAUGACAACACUAAAGAGGGGAAAGCCAGUAUCAAGGAUCAAGGUCGCGCAUGGAGAACGCCUUGAGGCACACACAAAAUAGCCGCCAUCUGAGGCUCUAGCUCGCUCACAAUGUAAGACCGGAGGUAUGAUGUGCCGAUUUUCUCGCAUUUAUCAAUCUGAUAGUUCCAUCAACCUGCAUGGUGGCGUUUAGCGUCCACAACUUUGCUAUGUUAUCAAAAGUCACACCGGAUCCACCAAGGUAAUUAUCCCAGGCGCGCCAAUGAUACCUUUGGCCAAGAACUAUGAGGUUCACUAAGCUGGUGAGGAGAAAUGAGCUCGCAUCCAUAUCAAGACCGAGGUUUCCGCGAGGAACCGAAGUCGGUUCAAGUUGAAAUACAUGCAUCUGAGGCCAUAUAUGGGCUCGGUUUCAACCGUCUUUGCACCGUCUUUUUAAGGACUGAUCUUCCAUUUUCCUCUCACUUCUACCACACUUGAAGCUCAAGAUGCGUGGUUUGCGCCAGAUAGGUGCCGCAACCUUGCUGAUCUUGCAAGUCGCAAGAUGCAACAGCGAUACAAGUCCUGCUAAUGUCGUUGCUCAAGACCACGACCGUAGUAUUGCCAGCUCGGCAGAUAUCGCGGCCCGCGACAAUGCCCUUGGGCCAGGAAAGGCAGUUAUGACAGAGAGCAAUAGGUUUAACCAGUCAACCAUCAGCGCAGUCGCUCUCGGCGGACGUGCUCUGAUCGCCGAGUGGCUAAACCCAGUUGCCCUCCAAAAGCGGGCGUGUACGGGUACCUACAAGGCUUCAUGCGGGGAUGGGUACUGUUGUCCUACAACCGACCGCUGUUGCUCAAACAAUGCUUACUGCAAGAAAUCCUCAGGCGACGACUGUUGCUCUGAUGGGACUUGCCCGUAUCCAUAUGUUUGUGGCGACACCUGUGAGUGCAAGACAGCCGGUGGUGUCUGCUGUCCCGACGGCACAUACUGCAAGGCGGGCAAUAAGUGCUGCGGCGACAGCUGCACAGCCGAAGCCAAUAUAUGCUGCUCUGAUGGGACAGCGUGUGGUCCGGGGAACAUAUGCGUCGCGAAUCAGAAGUACGGCUGGGACGACUGCUGCACGGAUUCCGCCUGCACGGCGUAUGUGAAAUCCGGCGUGACAAUUACUAGGACGUCGACUACGCCAACGAGCGCGACAGCUGCCCCGAGGACGACGGACGUUGUCUACCAAUACUAUUACACGACUCUCUACUUCUCGUACUACUACUACUUCUACACGUACAGGUACGAUAUCGAGGUAACAACCCUCACCUCCACCUACACAACCACAACAACCACCCUCUCCAUCUACGCAGCCAACUCCCGCACCGCCGCCAGCCGACUCAGCAGCAUGAGCAGCUCCGUCGAGGAGAACGACUUCACCACCCCAGCACGGGCGACCACAGCGCUGAACUCCAGCCCCGCUCGGACCACCAGCGGUGCGUCAGCGACUGAUUUCCAGGACGACGGCACCAGUCAGAAUGACGGACCUGUUGUGCCGGGGAUUGGGGUGGGAAGUCCGGGGUUGGGCUCGGGCGACAUCCCGGGUGCUGGGACGCAGAUGGGUGUUGUGCCGGCGUGGGCGCUGGCGUGGGCGCUGGGGGCGGGGGUGGUUGCGUGGGGGAUGGUGUGGUUGUGA